UUACCGAUUGUCGAGGAGCUCAGACGUGUUUCGUUAGCGCUCCUGUGCAGUGCUUUUUCGCGUAAGUUUGUACCUUAUUCAGAUCGAGGCGUUCGAAGCAGUUGCAAGUGUGUGUACAGUUGAAAAAAAAACGAAUAUAAUAUUCACCCCGAAAAAAUGAUGUUUGAUUGUGCCUAGUGCCGGGCGGAAUUGGUGGAUUGAAGUUGUUUUUGGUGUUUUGUUUUUUUAGUGUAAUGUAAAAAGAAUCCUUAUAUCAAGUGUUUAAGCGUAUUUCAAAACGCCAGAGUGUUGGCUGCGAAGAGAGAGAGAGAGAGAAAGAAAGAGAGAGAGAGAGAGUGAGAGAGAGAGAGAGAGAGAGAGAGAGCGAGAGAGAGCGCGAGAGAGAGCGCGAGAGAGAGUACCUUUUCAAGUGUAGCCCGAAGACGUGUUGUGCUACGAAAACCCAAUAUUUAGGCAGUUGGAAUAAGGGAAAGCAAGCUGCCAGGAUUUUGCACGAACGCUUCAUAUCCGGAGAGCGGCAACAGUACCGCCAUCAUUUGUUUGAAAGUACCGAACAAACAACAACGCAACUCUGGAUUACGGAUUCGGCGAAGAUACCAAAGGUUCCUAUUAUGAACCAGGCGGCUAUGCGUUCCAGGUACAACAGCGCACCAACAUGACUCAACGGGAGGGCAUUCACAAGUUUGAAAAUGAGCGUAUCAAAACGCUACAGGAGGAGCGUUUGCAUAUCCAGAAGAAAACGUUUACAAAAUGGAUGAACUCGUUUCUGGUGAAGGCCAAGAUGGAGGUCGACGACCUGUUCAUCGAUCUGGCAGACGGUAUAAAGCUUCUGAAGCUGCUGGAAAUCAUCUCCGGUGAGAAGCUGGGCAAGCCAAACAGUGGCCGCAUGCGUGUACAUAAAAUAGAGAAUGUUAACAAAAGCUUGGCCUUUCUGCACACGAAGGUUCGCCUGGAAUCGAUCGGUGCGGAAGACAUCGUAGACCAUAAUCCCCGCCUUAUUCUCGGCCUGAUUUGGACGAUCAUUCUUCGUUUCCAGAUUCAGGAGAUCGAAAUCGACGUGGACGAAGAAAAUGAGUCAUCGGAAAAGAAAUCUGCCAAAGAUGCAUUAUUGCUGUGGUGCCAGCGAAAAACCCAUGGAUACCAACAUGUGCACAUUACCGAUUUUACCAACUCGUGGCGUUCGGGUCUCGGCUUCAACGCACUUAUUCACUCACAUCGGCCCGAUUUGUUCGAUUACAACAGCCUCAUGCCCGGACGGAAUAUUGAAAAUCUCAACCAUGCGUUUGAUGUUGCGGAGCGGGAGCUGGGUAUUCCGCAGCUGCUGGACGCCGAAGAUAUCGACACAGCCAGACCGGACGAAAAAUCGAUCCUGACGUACGUUGCCUCAUACUAUCAUACGUUCGCCCGGAUGAAGAGCGAACAAAAGGGCGGAAAGCGUAUUGCAAACAUUGUCAACAAGCUGAUGGAUGCGGACAAAAAGAAAAUGCAGUUCGAGCACUUGAUAACGAACCUGCUGAGCUGGAUACGGGCCAAAACGGUGGAGUUGGAGAAGCGCAACUUCCCCAACUCUGUCGAGGGCAUUCAGGGUGAGCUGCUUGCGUUCAAGGAGUACCGUACGGUAGAAAAGCCACCCAAGUACAAGGAGCGCAGUGAGAUCGAGGCCCUUUACUUUCAUGUGAAUACGCUUCUGAAAUCGUUAAAUCAACCGCACUAUACCCCGCAGGAUGGUAAGAUGAUAAACGAUAUCGAGAAAGCAUGGCAGCGUCUGGAAAAUGCGGAACAUAACAGGGAAGUCGCACUGCGUGACGAACUUUUGCGACAAGAGAAGCUGGAGCAGCUAAACUUCAAGUUUGAGAAAAAGUCCGUCCUGCGUGAAGGAUAUCUGAACGAGAUGAUACAGGUGCUGACGGAUCCUCGGUACGGCCCUGCCUUGCGGCAAGUGGAUGCCACCGUGAAAAAGCACGAAGCCAUCUCGGCCGAUAUCCUGGCUCGUGCCGAUCGGUUCAAUGAUCUGACCGAUAUGUGCAACGAACUGCACCAAGAGAACUAUCACGGUAAGGAUCGUGUGAAGAAGCGCGAGCUAGAAGUCAUCACGAAGUGGAAAGAGUUGCUAGAGCUGCUGGAAAAUCAUAAGCUGAAGCUGUCGCAGAUGAGUUCCUUGAUGAAUUUGUUGCGGGAGAUCGAUGCAACGAUGACAACCAUAAAGGCACUUCAAGCACAGUUUGCCUCAGAGGAUGUAGGGCCGCACCUGUUGGGGGUGGAAGAGCUUCUGCAGGCUCAUUCCUUGCUUGAGCUACAGGUCACAACGCUUGGAGAGACGCAGCGCCGCUAUGUGCGGCAGGGUGAAGCGUUCAAAAGGGGAGAUUACAAAGAUACGAGUCAGCUGGACGCAAAGCUAGCCGAAUUGGCCAAGUUGUAUGAAGAACUUUUGGCAAUGAGCGCAGCUCGGCGUGCACGUUUGGAUGAAGCCCGCGAUUUUUACCAGUUCGUGGAGGAUCACGAGAACGAGGAAGGUUGGUUGGUGGAUAAGCAGCGCAUAUGUAAGGCAGGCAUCACGGCAAAGGAUCUACGAGCUGUCAUGUCACUUCAGCAGAAGCAUAAAGCGCUGGAAGAUGAGAUGAAAGUACGAAAACCAAAAUCCAAUCAGAUCACCGAAGCAGGAAAGAAGCUGAUAGUGGAUAAACAUUCACGUAUGUCGGAUGUGCAAGGAAAGAUUGAUUCGCUCCAGGAGCACUGGAAAGCACUGGAAGAUCUGGUGGACUUACGGAAGCGACAGCUUGAGGACGCUGCUGAAGCUUACCAGUACUAUGCCGACGCGAAUGAAGCUGAUUCGUGGUUGAAUGAAAAAAUGGCAUUGGUUGCUUCGGAUGACUUUGGCGUAGAUGAACCUUCGGCCCAAGCACUGCUGCAGCGCCAUCGGGACCUGCAAGGAGAGCUGAACGCUUACUCGGGCGACAUUUUGAAUUUAAAUCAGCAGGCGGAAAAGCUGAUCAAGGCAGGAAUUUGCACGCUCGACUUGUCGGCCGAACCGGAACCUGUGCAAGAAAUGGAACAAGAAGAGUGGGUCAACGAGACGCGUUUGGUCCCGAAGGAGGUGUGGGAAGAUGAACCCGUAGAGCGACUAGAGCAUCGUACAGUGACAGAGAACAAGUUGCUUCCGCACGUUCAAGCUUUGUAUCGCUUCGAGGGUCAAAACAUGAAAGUGGCCAAAGGGGACGUAAUGAUUCUGCAAAACAAAAACAACGUUGAUUGGUGGAACGUUCGCAAGCUUGACGGUACGGAAGGAUUUGUGCCGGCAAAUUAUGUGAAGGAAAUCGAACCACGGCCCGUUCCCUGUCUGGUACGCAAAGCAGAAAAGGUAAAGGUGAUGCAGAAGGUGAAGAAAACUAUCCUGGUGAAGGAGGUGAUACAGGUUAAGCGUGUGCGACCGGCAAAGGUUAGUCAGAUGAAGCCGCUCGUAAAACGUCGCGCAAAAGGUGACGAAUCGUCGGCUGUCGAUAGUAACGAUAGCGUUGAUAAGCGCCAAAAACAUAUCAACGGUACGUACGAUCAGCUGCAGGAUCUAGCUGAAAGACGUCGCGCUUUGCUCGAGGACUCGAUCUGUCUGUUCCGUUUCUAUCGCGAAUGUGAUGAUUUCGAAAAAUGGAUAAAGGAUAAGGAAAAAAUGCUUCGUACCGACGAUCCGAAGGGCAGUGUGGAGACCGCGAGACGCCAGUUUGAAACGUUUGUAAAUGAUCUUUCCGCGUCUUCCAAGCGCGUCGAAGCGAUCGAUUCGGACGUGGAAGAUUUCGUGCGCCAGGGUCACUCGCAGCUGGACAAGGUGAAAGCUCGUCAGCGACAGAUCCACCAGAUGUGGGAACAUCUUAACUACCUGAAAGGGCAGAAGGAGAAAAGUCUCGAGGGAGCAUCCAGCGUGGAAUUGUUCUAUCGCACGUGCGAAGAAGCAAUCGAUUGGAUGAACGAAAAGAUGACGCAGCUCGAUACGGCUGAGGUUGGUCCAGAUCUGAAGACCGUGCAAGCGCUGCAGCGUCGUCAUGAAAAUCUUGAACGCGAGUUGGCUCCAGUGAAGGAGAAGGUAAGUCGAGUGAACCUUCUCGGCAACACCGUGAAAAAUUCGUACCCUUCGGAGCGCGACAACGUCAGCGAAAAGCAGCGCGAUAUUCAGAACCUGUGGCAAAAGGUGCAAGAAAAGGCGAAAGAACGACGGUCACGGCUGGAGAAUGCCGUCGGACAGCAGAUUUUUAACAACAGCACGAAGGCGCUGCUGAACUGGAUUGCGGAAUGUAACAACCAAUUGACCGCCGAAGAAACUGCACGGGAUGUCGAGACGGCAGAAAAGUUGCUAAAGAAGCACAAAGAUUUGGGCGAGGAUAUUAACGCUCAUGAUGAUGAGUUUGUACAGCUUGCCAAACUUGGUCAGCAGAUAAUUGAGCGAAAUCCUGCCUUGACAGAAGAUCAUGAAAUGGCAAACAAGAUAGCCAAACUGGAGGCAGAGCGUCAGCGAUUGCAUGGUGCCUGGUUGGCGAAGGAGAAGAAGCUACAACAAUGCAUCGAGCUGCAAAUCUUUAACCGUGAGGCAGACAAAAUCGAUGCGACUACCAAGAGUCACGAGGCUUAUCUAGAAUACGAUGAUUUGGGUAACUCGUUAGACGAUGUGGAAGCUAUAAUGAAGCGACACAUUGAUUUUGAGAAUUCUCUCGGAGCACAGGACAAAAUUUUGAAGAACUUCUCCGAAGGUGCCGAUCGGUUGAUUCGCAACAAUCACUACAACGCGACGUACAUCGAUGACCGACGAGGUCAGGUACUGGCGCGCCGAGAACGGGUAAAGGAGCUCGCCCAGAAGAGGCGAAAUGCACUGCAAGCAUCGAAGGAUUUCCAGAAGUUCUCGUCAGAUGUGGACGAUUUGAAUAGGUGGCUGGCGGACAAGACGAAAAUUGCAAGCGAUGAAAGUUACAAGGACCUUUCCAACCUGCCGCGUAAAUUGCAGAAGCACAAGGCCUUCGAGCGAGAACUGCGAGCCAACGAGGGUCAGUUGCGUAUGGUCAACAAAGAGGGUGAGUCGUUGAUCAAGACAAACAACCGAGCGGGUGAGGUGAGCGAAACGCUAGCGGCUAUCAACCAGAACUGGAAGGACCUGGUGGCGACAUCCUUGGACAAGGGAAGGCGACUUGAACAGGCUGCACUGCAACGGGAACAUAAUCGCUAUAUUGAAGACUCGAAGAGUAAGUUCGAGGAGCUGGAUCAUGCACUUCAGAGCAAGCAGGUGGGCAACGAUUUGCGUAGCUGCAAAGAGCUGAUGAACAAGCAUCAAGUGUUGGAAAACGACAUUGCGCUUUGGGAGCAGAAGGUAGCGGAGCUGGUCACUACUGGAGAGGAGAUGGCGCACGAGGGCCACUUCGAUGCCAACAACAUUCAGAAUGAGACUAAAAAGCUACAAGCUCAGUUCGCUGGACUAAAAACACCGGCGCGUCAACGUCGCGAUGCGCUGGACGAAAGUCUACGUUUCCACAAAUUUGUGUUCGAGCUGGACACGGAGCUUCAGUGGAUCAAUGAGCAUCUUCCGGCCGCGAAAUCAGAGGUAAUCGGCCAAAAUCUUCACCAAGCGCAGAGUCUUUCAAAGAAGCACAAAAAGUUGGAAGCGGAAAUCGAGGGACAUCAGCCGAUGAUUAACAAAACAUUGACAUCGGCUGAAAACCUGAUCAACCAGAACCAUCCGGAGAGGGCCAAAGUGAAAGAACUGUGCAACUCGCUUGAGAAAGCCUGGGCCGAUCUUCAAGAACAGUCUGCGGAACGGUCGCGUAAGCUGGAACUAUCGCUUAAGGCGCAACAGUAUUUGUCCGACGCGGGUGAAAUUGAAACAUGGCUGGGAGAACGCAACAAUGUGCUACGUUCGUCGGAUUAUGGCCGUGAUCGAGACUCAGCUACCAAGUUACUAACCAAGCACAAGGUUAUAGAACUAGAGUUGGACACCUACUCCGGUAUCGUGUCCGAGAUGGGUCACACAGCAUCGGCCAUGAUCGCGGCGAAACAUCCCGACAGCAAAGUCAUUGCAGCCAAACAACAGUUGAUCGAGAAGAUGCUUAAAUCGUUGCAGCGGCUUGCCGGCCAGCGGCAGCUGCGCUUGAUGGAAAGUCUGUAUCGACACGAGUACUUCGUUGAGUCUGCCGAGCUGGAACAGUGGAUUAAGGAGCAGGAACAGGCAGUCAAUUCGGAGGACUACGGUCAUGAUUAUGAACACUUGCUGAUUCUUCAAAACAAAUUCGACGACCUGAAACAUCGCAUCGAAGUUGGAGCGGAGCGAUUCAAUCAAUGUGAAAACUUUGCAAAAAAGCUGAUUGGUGGAGAUAGUCCGUAUGUUUCGGAAAUCGAAAAACGGCAAGAACUCUUAAGAUCUUUUUCCGAAGCACAGUUGGAUGUCGUCGAUAUGUAUGACAACUUACGCAAUGCUUGGCAACAUCUCCUUGAGCAGCUGGACGCACGUGAAAAGAAACUUCACGCUGCUGGCGAAAUUCACAGAUUCCAUCGUGAUGCAGCCGAAGCUUUGUUCCGUAUUCAGGAUAAGAAUGCUGCUCUAUCCAGUGAAUUGGGAAAAGAUUUGAACUCUGCUCUGGCACUUGCUCGCAAACAUGAAGCAUUUGAAAACGAGCUAGUGCCUCUCGAAGCUCAGCUGCAGGUGUUGGUGGACGACUCAUUGCGUCUGCAAACGAAAUAUCCUGGCGAUAACGCAAAGGCCAUAGCGGCUGAGCAGGAAAAUGUAAUCCAGUACUGGAAUGUGCUGAAAGAGAAGUCGGCUCUGCGCAAUGAUCAAUUGCACGCAAGCUGCGAUCUGCAGCACUUCCUAACGCAGGUUCGCGAUCUGAUGUCGUGGGCAACUAACUUACGAGCGGCGCUGCAAGCUGAAGAACAUGUGAGCGAUGCCGCAGGGGCGACUGCUUUGAAGAUUCAGCACGAUGCCAUAUACGGCGAAAUCGAGGCCCGUGAGCAAACGUUUCGCGAGUUGAAUGAGCUCAGCGAUUCCAUGGUUCAAACAGGCCAUUACGCGGCGACGGAGGUAGAAGAAAAAUGUUCCGCCCUGCUGGACGAGCGAGCAAAGCUGCAUUCCGCGUACAACAAGAAGAAAAUCUUGCUUGAACAAAAGAUCGACCUGUUCUGCUUCAUGCGGGAUGCGAAGGUUAUCGACAAUAUUUCCAGCGGCCAGGAAGCUACAUUAUCCAGCUCAGACUUUGGGCAAACGGUCGAGGUAGUGCAGGAUCAGGUUAAGCGGCAUGAAGCAUUCGAGAAGCUGAUCCAAACACAGGAUGAAAAGGUUGCGAUACUGCAAGAGCACGGUCGUAAGCUAGUCGAGCAGAAUCACUACGACAGCGAGAACAUUCGUCGACGCUUGCGGGAGAUCGUGGAACGGCGCCAAAAGGUGAAAGACUUGUGCGCAUUGCGCCGCCAGAAGCUGGCAAAUGCAUUGCUUUAUGCGCAAUUCAUUCGCGACUGUGCUGAGGCUGGAGCAUGGAUCAACGAAAAGCAAAAGAAGCUUGAAGCGGAUGCCCACAGCUACGCCGGUGCCAGUAACAUGGAGGAUAAGGUGAAAAAGCUAAAGAAACUGCAGGCCUUCGAUGCGGAAGUAAACGCCAAUGAGGGCCGAAUCCGGGAGGUGCGUGACAAGGGUGAGAAGUUGAUCGCUAAAAAGCACGAAUGCGCCGGAGAGAUCCAGGAUGAGCUGGUGAAGUUGAUGCAAUCUUGGAACGUGCUUUUGAACGAGCUGGCCUCUAGAAGCCGCGGAUUGAAGGAGGCACAAGAUAUUUUGGAGUUCAAUACACAGCUUGAUAAGCUCGAGGCUUGGAUCCGCGACAAGGAAAUGAUGAUCCAUGCCGGUGAAACGGGACGCGAUUUGGAGCAUUGCAAUGCCUUGCGACGGAAGCUGGACGACGUGGAUAGUGACAUGCGCGUGGAUGAUCAGCGCAUCAAGAAUAUCAACCAGCUGGCGGAUAAGUUGGUUAGCCAGGACAAAGUCGAAGGAAAGAAUGUGCAACAACGCAGAGAAAACUUUAACAGCAAAUGGAAGUCGCUGCAAGGUGCACUGAGUCGCUAUCGCGAUCUGCUUGCCGGAGCGUAUGAAAUACACGUAUUCAAUCGAGAUGUGGACGAUACAGCUGAACGCAUUGCUGAGAAGAUGCUUGCAAUGAGCGUAGAUGAUACCGGGCGCGAUCUCAUCGCUGUCGAAGCGCUGAAACGUAAGCAGGAAGCUAUCGAACGAGACAUGACGGCGGUGGAGCAAAAGAUUCGCGAACAUGAAACGAGCGCUGCGGCACUGGCCGACAAGUAUCCGGACAACGCAAUCAACAUCGUGGAGAAACUGGACGAGCUUAGAAAACAGUGGAAUGAGCUCCAGAACGCUAGUGUGAAGCGCGCUGAAAUGUUAAAGCAAGGAUACACAGCGCACAAGUUCACCGCAAACGUGAAAGAACUGGAGCUGUGGGCUAAUGAAAUGAUUAAGCGCAUGGACUCGGCCAGCAACCCAGCCACCAUUGCAGAUUGCGAGGCACAGAUUCAGCUACAUCACGAGCGCAAGGCGGAAAUCGAUGGACGAGAUCUCGUUUUCCGGGACUUGCAAGAACACGGAGAGCGUUUGGUGGCAGAGAACCGCGAAUCUUCAGUGCGCAAUGACCAUGUGGAAAAGGCGUUGCGCAAUUUGGAAGAUCUGAACAAACAUCUGCACGAUUCGUGGAAGGGCCGUUUCCGUGGUCUGAAGGAGGCCCACCAGCUGCAGCUGUUCAAAGAGCAGGCCGACCAAAUCGUUGAGUGGUUAACCAACAAAGAGGCGUUCUUGAACAAUGAUGAUCUUGGCGAGUCGUUCACAGCGGUGGAGGCACUGAUCAAGAAGCAUGAAGCAUUUGAAAAGCUGCUACAUUCAAAUCGCAUCGGCGAACUGGAGCGAUUUGCGGAGGAAAUUUUGGCCGAAAGCCCAUUCGAAGCGGACGUGAUCAAGCAGCGACUGUAUGCAGUGGUCAGCCGCAAGGACAAACUACUUGCGUCGGCAGAAACACGGAAGCAAAAGCUGCAGGAAAGUCUGCAGCUACAGCAAUUCCUGCGAUCGCUGUACGAGGUUGAAAAAUGGACCAAUCAGAAGAUGCAAAUCGCGCUAGAUGAGAACUAUCGGGAGCCGAGCAAUUUGCAGAGCAAAAUUCAGAAGCAUGCCGCUUUCGACGCGGAGCUCCUCGCCAAUUCCGGCCGUGUGACGGCCGUUAUUGAGGAAGGCGAGUCUUUGAUUAACGCCGAACACUACGCUAGCAGCUUGGUACAAGAGCAGCUGGAUAUAGUCGAGAACGAAUGGCAGAAGCUACGCGAAGCGUCUCGCGAGAAGAAAGAGCGCCUGGCGGAAGCGUAUGAAGCGUUGUUGUUCCAGCGCAGUCUGGAAGAUUUCAACAACUGGAUGGAUGAGGUGGAGGCGCAAUUGUCUUCCGAAGAUUAUGGCCGCGACUUGGCAUCCGUGCACAAUCUGCUGAAGAAGCACGACAUGCUCGAGGCCGACGUUGCCCAUCAUGCGGAUACAUGCGAACAGAUCAAGGCAACGGACGCAAAGAUGUUGUCUUCUGACCACUUCUUGAAGGACGAACUGCACGAGAGUGCGAUGGUCACGAUCAAACGCUUCCAUUCGCUGCACGAACCUACCACAAUACGCCGGGACAAUUUGGAAGACUCGCUUCAGUUGCACCAGUUCCUGCGCGAUGCCGAAGAUGAGCUGCUUUGGCUGAACGAGAAAGAACCGCAGGCAGCAUCGAAGGAUCUGGGUAGCAGCCUAACCGCGGUGCAGAGCCUGCAGAAGAAGCAUCAGGCUCUUGAGGCGGAGAUCUUGAUUCAGGAACCAAUCAUAUCGGCCCUGGUGCAGCGUGGCCAACAGAUGAUCCGUGACAAUCACUACGCCGUGGAGCAAAUCGAGCGACAGUGUGGUCAACUGCAGAGCAAGUUGGUAAACCUCCGCCAUCUCACCAACGUCCGGCGGCUGCGACUGCUGGACGCUGUGGAGAGCCAACAGUUCUACGCAGAAGCAAACGAGGCAGAGUUUUGGUUGCGCGAGAAGAAACCAAUCAUUUCAUCGCAGGACUAUGGCAAGGAUGAAGAUUCUGUAGCCUCGUUGCAGAAGAAGCUGGAUGGGCUUCAGCGUGAACUGGGUGCGUUCAAGCCGACGGUGGGGAAAAUUGAAACCCUUGCCAGUGGUCUGCAAGCUCGUGGACACUUCGAUAGUGAGAAGAUCAAGAGCAAAAACGAUAAAAUUCAGUACCAGUUCCAGGAGCUGAACCGGUUGGCAGCGGAGCGCGAAAAGAAGUUGGCCGAAAUGAAGAAGCUGUACGAGUUUGUGCGUGAGAUCGAUGAUCUGCAGGAGUGGAUCGAAGUCCAGAUGACUACUGCCGGUUCCGAGGAGUACGGUACGGAUGUAGAACACGUCGAGCAACUGACGGCACAGUUUGAAUCCUUUGUAUCGAAUCUGAACGCGAAUGAGUCACGUUUGACGGCCUGUGUAGCCAAGGGCGAAGCACUGCUGAGCGAGGGCAAUCCCAACCGCGACACAAUCAAGGUGAAACGCGAUGAAACUAAGCAGCUGUGGGAAGAGCUGAAAGAUCUGGUGGUGGCCCGCCAGGAAGCGUUGGCCGGCGCCCGACAGGUACACGUGUUUGAUAGAACUGCUGACGAGACGAUCGCUUGGAUCAACGAGAAGAUAUCCUCCGUGCUGUCGGAGGAUUAUGGUCACGAUCUGGAGACGAUACAAUCGCUCGUACGCACGCACGAAGCUUUCGAGGCGGAAUUGGGCGCGAUCAAGGAGCAGCUGGAGUCGGUUGUGAAUGAAGCUCAAAAGCUCGCGGACACGUAUCCCGACGCAAAGGAACACAUUGAGGUGAAGCGUGACGAAACGAUCGAGGUGUGGUCCGAGCUGAAAGACCGAACAGUUCAGCGUAAGGAGAAGCUUACGCAGGCCGAGCAAUUGCAGGCCUACUUUGAUGAGUAUCGCGAUUUGAUGGCUUGGAUCAAUGAGAUGCUGGCGAAGAUCACCGCACCGGAUCUGGCUAAGGAUGUUGCCGGUGCAGAGGCACUCAUCGGUAAGAUCAAAGAGCAUCGAACCGAAGUGGACGCUCGAAAGGAAGCGUUCGAAGUGUUUAACCGUACUGGGCGGAAAUUGAUCCAAGACAAGCACUUCCUGGCCAACGAAGUGCAAGACAAGAUUGCCGUUUUGGAGCAGCGCAAACGCUUGCUCGACAAUACGAUCGUGCAGCGUUUGGAGAUGUACGAGCUUAAUUUGGAUACGCAGCGAUUCCUGAAAGAGGCGGAAGACAUGGAAAGCUGGAUCAUUAGUCGUCAAAUGCAACUGAAAGAAUCGAAGCUGGGAGACUCGAUCGCACAGGUUGAGGAUUUGCUACGAAAGCACGAAGAUUUCGAGAAAACAGUUGCCGCUCAGGAGGAGAAAGUGUUGGCAUUGAAACGCAUCACACUGCUUGAGCAGAAGUUUAAGAAGCAGCUCGAAGCAGAACAGGCGGCCCGCAUCGCCGAGAAGGAACGAAUCGAGCGCGAACGCCAUGAAGCUCUUAAACAGAAGGAGGUACAAAGGAUCACGGAAGAACGGCGUCGUCGGGAACCGAUCUCGAUCAAUGGCUACAACGACGGGCUCGGCCCGGUCUCGGGCAUGGUCAGUAGUCCGUCUGGUCCUUUGUCGCCUGUCGGAGCCAGUGUGAUGACUGAUCGCAAAGACUCGUCCGCGUCGGGCGGCAUGAUGAAUAUUAGCGGCGGUAUGACUGCCGGCAAUGUGAGCGGUGCAGACCAAACCAGUCCGGUGCAGAAAUCGAACUCGUUUGCAACGAUGCUUCAAGAGCGCUUGCGUCGUGGCUCAGACAGCAAUAUCAAGCGGGCAGAGAGCAUGAAGAUGGGUCUGAAACCGGUCAAGCGUGCACCCUCGUUCACGACACGACGGCGUGCGCAGAGUUUCCGCAAGAAUCAGCGGGCCGGUGGGCCAGGAUCCGAGUCGGACGCUUCGCUUCUGCCGCCGGUAGAGAUACAGGGAAUGCUGGAACGUAAGCACGAACUGCAAUCCGGUGGCAAGAAAGCUCCGGUACGGUCGUGGAAACCGUUCUACACCGUGCUGUGCGGUCAGCUGCUGUGCUUCUUCAAGGAUGGGGAAGACUUUGCGAUGCAAAAGGCGGCCACUGCCCCCGUCAAUAUACUGAACGCCAAAUGCGAGCGGGCGGAAAACUACACCAAGAAGAAGAACGUGUUUCGGCUGGUGUUGCUCGAUGGUUCCGAGUUCCUGUUCAUGACCAACUCGAAGGAAUCGCUGAGUGAAUGGGUGAACAAGCUGGCCUUCCAUGCUGCCCUGCCACCAAACCUGCAACUCCUGAGCUACGACGAGUCGAUGAAGCAAAACAACAGUGCGCCGGACAUGAAGUCGAUCAGCUCCGCCCAAUCCCCAACGCCCGAUCGAAGUGAUGCUGCGUCGUCGAUAAGCUCACGCACGUCAUCGCCGGAUAGUCAGCGUCGGGAUUCACGGACUUCGCUAAACAGUGCCAAAUCAGGAUCGGGUAGUAACGGUAGCUUCCACACACCGCAGACCAACUUUUUGCAGAAACAGAAAGAAUUACGCGAGCAGGAGCUACAGCAUCAACGUUUAUCUUCCGGCCAACAGCAGUAUACCAAUCUGCCUUCACCAACAUCACCAGGGCCAGCAAUGCCGGAAGUGUUUGGAUUAGCCGAUAAGCCACCGAUCCCGCCGCGUGGUAUGCCUCCGCCGGUUCCGCAACGCCAAUCUAGUUCGGACAAUGUGUUGAACAAUAACGGUUCAGUGCAGAUGCGUUCCAAGGCAGGCACUACCAGUAGUCCGAACGGAAGCGAUUACGAUAAUGCCAACCUUACCGGUGUAAAUCGACCUUAUUCAUUACAACCCGGAGCGAUGCCCAACAAGCCUCCUCAAGCUGGAUCGCAAAAUGGUAACGUGCCUGGCGAGGAUGUGUGGUUGCGCAACAGUGAAAUACGCACGUCAGAAUAUUCAGUUCCACCUCUCCCAGCAACAUCGCCACCGCUGAGCACGUUUACACCGCUAAAGCCACCGUCAGGUUAUCAGCAUUCGAUGCAGCACCAGCACCAGCAGCACCAGCAGCAGCAACAACAACAACACUACCAAACGCCAUCAUCUACGGGGACAUCAACCUUCCAGCCUCACUCACAGCAGCAACCGCAUCAAAAGCAACAAAUUGAUCAGUUCAUUCGACGCGAACAACAACAACAACAACAACAACAACAGGGUGGAAGCAAUUCCUCGCCCCAACGUGUACCGUCGACUGCGUCGGUCGGAAACAAUGGGACCUCCCGUACGACGUGGCAUCAUCCAAUGGUGCCUACGCAACCGACGGCCGGCAAUGGAUCCGGCGGCAGUACAAACAGUGACCAUCCGGUGUAUCACAACAAUGGCAACGGUGGCAAACAUGGCCAUCAUCACAACUAUCCGCAUCAUCAUGUGCAGGGAAACAUGGCACCACCAUCACAGCCCCCUCAUAUGAAUAUGAAUAGCAACAGCAGCAACACCUUUGGCAACAGUAUCAACCUGGACGGCUUCAGCACCGGCUGGGGUCAGACUAGAUUCGACUCUACGCGACCGACCUCGCUGCCUCCCGCAAGCAACAACAACAACAACACUGGUACCGGCAGCAGCGCGAGCGGUGGCGGCAGCAGCACGUCGAUGGGUCAGGACUUUGGUCUACUCGUUUCCGGCAGCGGCACUGGCGGACGGCACCAUUCGGCCGAAAGUUCUAGCGAAAGUGAAGCUAGCUUCAUUAAGGGUGGCAAGGAGGGAAGCGGCAAAGAUAAGAAGGGAGUUUUUAGAAUAUUUUCUAAAAAGAAGUCGAAAAACUCGAGUUAGAAGGAGGAGAGGGAAAAGGUAGAGCAGAAAUCAGAAAUCAGACGUUAAAAAUGUUUUAAAAGUGGUUUCGGGUUUCUUCCCCGUUGUUUAGCCAAGUAAGGAAGACCCCUUCAUUAUUGUGUACACCAAGAAGGAACUUCAUUUAUAUUUGCCACAAAUGAUACAUACAUACAAGCACACAAACACACACAUUUGCCGUAUGUAGUAUGUAGGUUUUGUUUUGUUUUGUUUUUAUAUGCCCUUUAUUGCAAAGUGUCGCGCGCCGUGUGUUAGGAAAUAAUCGUUUCAUAUUAGUUAUCCUUUAUAUUUGAAUGGGAGAGCAAAAGUGCACCAUUUAUACAUAUAUACCUGUAUUUUAUCGUAAACUUUUCGCUUCGUGGCAGCGCACCGCUCUUAUCUGCUUGUUCGUUCAUGCUGCGGUUCAUUUAGUCCCUUCAUUAGAUAUCGUGUAUGUGUUUUUAGUGAACUAAGAUGUGAAGGUUUGCGUGCAGCUAACAGGCAAAGCAUUCAAUUUAGAAUUAAAGGGAAGAGAUAAGGGAAAGAAGAAAAAAAAAACAACACGAAAAAAAGGAAACAUUGGCAGCGCUAUCAAUCGUAUUCUAAUGGAUUAGUUAGUAUGAUUACUCUGUUGUUAUAUUUGCACGUCUUACUGCAGCAGAAAGUUAGCGAACAGUCUUUAAACAAAAUGGCACUAGUUUCUAGGCGUAUAAUACACGUAGAAAAGGUACGUAUCUAGCAUGUAGCCACUAUUGUUUGAUCAAGUUUUUAGAGUCGAUAGAUGAUGAAUGUAUGUUUUAGCAGAUCGGCCCAUGGCGAGGCGAAUGUAAAAUGGAAUAAAUACUAAAAUAAAAAGCUAACAGUUCUUAAUAUUUA